AUGGAGAGAGGGGUUAGGGGGAGAGAAGGGGAUGAAGAAAGCACUGUCAUGCGUGUGUACCAACAGCCCACGCCACUGCACCGCCACGGGACCCCUCGCGGCGGCCGCGCCGCCUCCGCCCGCAGCCCAGCGAAGUUCCGAGGAGUCGACGGCUCCGCGGAGCAGACAAAUCCCGGCGCCCGCCCUGCGCGAGCGAGCGCCGGGAAAAGCUACCCCGGCCAGCAGCUACCGCCCGGCUCCAAGCGCCCUGCGGACUCGUCAGGGAGCCCCGGCCGCGCGCGCCCACGCGGGCAACUUUCGCCCCGCGCCGCCACCCGCCACCCGGGACCCGGGAACCGGACCAGGACCGGCCCACACGGCCCCACCCGCAGCAGCCGCGACGACGCCAGGCCGGGCCGGCUGAGCCCAGCGCGCACGGGCAGAGGCGCCUCACCUCAGGCGCGGCCGCCAGCGGCGUCGGGUCGUUCCGGAGCCUGUCCGCCCGUCCGGCGUCAGUGGUGGCGGCCGCGCAUCAGCCGCCGGCGGCCGAGGGCCGGUGAGCGCGCAGACAGGGGGCGGCGAGGCCGGGAGCACGGCGAGAGAAGCGACGCGGCGGGCCCGGAUCGGUCUGCGCCCUCCUCCCGGGGCCUUCUACCGCCGCCGCUGGCCGGAGAGUCGCCGCCCGGACCGCUGCUGCCGCCACCGAUGCAGCCGGGAAUGAAUGCACAGCGACGCCUCGCUUAUCCGGAGGUCAAACAUCCUUCUGCCUCGAGCAUCCGGAUCGGCGCCGGACCCGGAAGUGAACACACGGGGAAAAAAAAUAAAAGAGGAAAGCGCCUCUCUAGCGGCGGCGGUGGCGGUGGCUGCAUCGGCCCCCCAUUGCCCGCAGCAGCGAAAAGAGCCGAGCCCAGCCGAAGAUUACAUCGACCUGUUUGGAUUGGUCAGAUCACCAACAGGAAGGCAGGCAGCGUGCUCAUUGGCUGGCGCGGCUUCUAAAAGGCCAAGCCUCACCCACUCCCCGCCUUCGCGCUGGUAGCUCCUGAGGCUGAGCGGGCUGCGGUCAUAGGUGCAAAUGUUAUUCCGGACAAGUUUAAGGGAGAGGCAGCUUAGCAAAUUCUCUGGAGGGUGCUGGAGACAACGCUUCCAUGGGUUAAGAGAGCUAAGAAUUCAGUGGGCAAAUAACCUUAAGGGCACCAUUGGUGCCAAAUUUAAGUGCCUGGCCUUCCGCAGGUGCCAAGGGAUCUUAGGGCCCCGACUGGAAGAAUGACAUCACUAGGUUGACAUUUUCUCCUACUUCUUUCUCACCCCAGUGCUGUAUCACAGAGUCGAGUGCUUAGAAAAACUAACAGUAGAUUCGAUUUGCAUCGUGAUUGCUGUCUGUGAAGAGCGCCAUUCACGCCAUUCACGAGACCUGAAUUUUGGCAUCUUUUAAUCAAGAUUGGCUGUCUGAAGAAUGUUGUUUCAUAAUAAAGGGAAGUUAGCUAAGGCUGUUAUUUUUUCUUUAAUGGUUUCAAUAAUAGCUUAAAUUCUGGGUAAUAUGUGACUCUGAUGAACAUAGCAAUUAAUCCCUAUUCCAUUUUCCCUCCCCUUGUUUUCUCCUGACCCCCAUAAUUGUGUCUUCCUAUAUCCACCUCAAGACCAAUCCAAAUUCAUGAGCCAAAUCUAAAUACAACUAAGUGUUUUUUCAGGGCCAGUCCUGAGAAAUCACGAAGUCUUCUGGCUGAAGAUUUGGAGGGCCAAGUAUGAGGUCUGCCUUACAGGUGGAUGUCAAGCUCUGCCACUUACCUGUCUCUAAAUGUUUUCCUGGCUAUAGCCAGGAUUCUCCUUUGGUCACCUCUCCUAAUUAAAGCUGUAUAUUUUCCAUACCACUGUAAAUAAGGUACAAACUUUAAGCUUGGUUCGGAAAUUUUGUCACUAGCUCCAUUUCUGACUAGAUCUGACUUCUCCGGAUAAGGUCCUACUAUGAUGGAUUAUUUUCAGACUACUGAAUAGCAUCAUUAUCCACUGACCAGGAUUACUGGGUUACUCUAUCCUUCUGCUAGCUAGGACUGCACUGCUGCUGAUGCUUGUCUAAGCCCUGUCUGACCUUCAUGUGCCCUUUGAACAGUAAAUAGGGAAGUCAGCCUCUUUGUCUAAUUAUGUUUCUUUAAUCUCUGUCAUAUUUGAUCAGGCUUGGUCUUAACUGCAUCAUUCUUUUCACCAACUUGUACUGCUGAAUUCCUGGCAUGUCAUCAUCCUCCAAUUUAAUCCUAUUAUAGUAUUGAUUCUAUAUCUGAUUGAACAAAAUCACAAAGUCAACAGAAGUUAAAAUUGAUGCAAGAGUAGCCCUCACUUCUAGUUGCUCUGUUUCACUGCUGUAAUUAGGAUUAUGCUCCUCUUCAGGAUCUGUAAUUCUUCCUUGCACAAGUUUUUAAGUAGUCUAAACUUCAGUUCGUCUAUAAAAUUGGACUUUAAUACCUAUAUCAUAUUUGAUAUCAAAAAGGUUAAAUGCAAUAAUGUGUCAGUAAUAUAUUUUAAUAUUUCAUAUGUAAUAAGCACUAAAUAACUGUUGUUAGAUACUGUCUGAUCCUUAGGAACUUGUAUUUUUCAAUCCAACAUGGGUAAUAAUCAGAAGUUGAAAAUGUCAAUUAUCAAGUUAUUGUCCAACUUUAAGAAUCUACAGCUUGGGGCUGGGGAUUUAGCUCAGCGGCAUAAGUGCCUACCUUGCAAGCAGGCAGUAGUGAGUUCGAUCCCUGGUACUGAUAAAAAAGACAAAAAAAAUAAAAGAGUCUACAGUUUAGAACUGGAUUUAUAACCCUAAGGUAAAACAUUUUUUAUUUGAUUCAGGCCCUAUUAUUCUUCUUUUUACCAACUGUCUAUGGACAUUUAUGGGAUACUGGCUAUCCAUUGUCUGUUUAUAAUUUCCUAGUAGAUUUCUACUUAGAUUUCUUCUAGUUGAAUUUUUGCUGCCUCGCUCUAUUCAGUGGCCAGAGUCCCUGUUUUCAGUAAGGGUGUUAUAGAUGAGGGAUGAUCUAUGGGGAAUACAGUGCCCAAACAAUGCCCACUGAAUACUUUUUCUCUAGAUUUGAAUCUUGAACAGAGGAACAUGGAAACUAAAAACAGAAGGGCACUCCAUCUGAAAAGCAGUUCUCUGGUCACACAGUUCCUGCCACAAAACAGCGGUGAUUAUCCUACUUCUCCAUCUCUGGAGAAUGUUGGCUUCUGUCUAGACCAUGUUUUCCAACUUCCGUCAAUUCUGCGAGACCCUCGUCCCAGCUCCUUUCACUAAACUCCAUUUUGCUUGCAAUACGCAGACUGUAUUUUCAUUCCUGGCCUUUAUUCCAACUCUCCUCUGUGCCUCCCAAGUAGCCUUUCCUUGAGUGAUCCAGGUGAACACAGUUCAAAGUCUUAGUUCAGCCUUGGUUCAUUUCUUCAGCUUCUCUCUAAUAUAAUCUUUAUCUCGUCGUGAGGCUCUCUGACUUCAAGCUUGUGUUCUCCUUAUUGACAAAGCUGGUCAUGCCCUGCAAAGCCUUGUAUUUCAGUGCAGCUGCCUCCUGUCACCAGGCAGCUCUACCUCAGCUUCUUGCUGAAACCCUGCCAAUUUCAGACCUAACCCUGUGGACUGUGACUUAAUGCUUUGUAGUCUGCCAGUUUAGGUGACCUGAUCUAACUGGGAAGAAAUUUCAACCAAAUGCCAACUCUUGCUGCUUUCUAGAAUGAUUAUUUUUGUAUACAUUAGUGUAUAUUUGUCAGUUGAUAUAAUAACAGCCAAUAUAGUCCCGUAUCCCUUUUCUUAUACAUAAAUUAUUCUCUUCUGAUCCUGCUGACCCAGUUUGCAAAGAAAUAUCAACUGAUCUCUUUGCAAUGGAAUAAAUUUUCUGUGAAAAAGUUACUGUAGAUAUUUGAGUACUUGGUGAUGGGGUACAAUUUGUUUUUGCAAGCUUCUUAAAUCAAUUCCGUAUUUGUAAUGUUAAAGACAAUACAGUUGUGGAGUAUUUGUACUGUGAACCAAAGAUGCAGUCCUCAGGUUUCUUCUGUAUGUCUUUAAAUCAGACAUUAACACCUCACUGGAAAUUUAUCAGUGUUGUUAAACAUGCUACUCAAUAGAACCAUAAUCAAAGAUCUAGGAACAAAGCUAGAUUUAGAAUUCUUUUCCAUGUAUCAUAAAAGCUACUUUGUUUGAUUAUAUGAUAAUAAAUGUAAUAUAUUAAAUCAACAAACUAAAACACUUGCCAAAGCAAUAAAAAUAAUUACGUAACAGACACUAGGAUUAUGAUUGGUAAAGGAAAGGACAAUAAUUCUGAAAAUAUAAAGUGAUUUUUAAAGGUUAUGAUUCUUAGAGACUUUAAAAUGCAAUUUUUUAUCCUAAUAUAUAUACAAAGACAAAAAAUUAUAAAAAAAUUUUUUGACUUUUCAUUAGUUAUUUUAUUGAUAGUAGUGUUCACGCUGCUUUUCUGAGUUAAUUAUAUCUGUAAUGUGGGAUAAAACAGAAUAAUUCUGGUGUAUUCUAACUGUGCUAUCUGUGAUAUUAAUACAAAUGAAACAGAUCAACUAACAGUCUAUAGUCUUAAAUUUGAGUCGAAAGUAUCAUCAUGAACUCACACAUAUUUUGUAACUCAGUCCACCCUGAAAGACCCAAAAGGAAGCCUGACUCAGUUCCUAUAACACAUUCUCCCAAACUUUGUGGCCUAGAGUAAAAAUUUAUUAUUUUAUAGGUCUAGAGGUCUAAAGUCCAAAAUGAUUCUUACUGGUUUAAAAUCCAGGCACUAGCAACACUGUGUUCAUCUUGGAGGAUCUAGGGGAGAAUUCAUUUGCUAUGGUUUUCCAGCUUCUAGAAUCUGCAUUCCUGUAUUCAUCUUCAGAGCCAGUAUCACACCAUUCCAAAUUCUGUUUCUGUCAUCAUAACUUCUCUAACUCUGUGUCUCCUACCUCCCUCUUGGGCUUACCAGGAUGCUCGUGAUUAUGCUGAAUCCACAAGGAUAAUCCAGGAUAAUCUGUCUCAAAAUCCUUAAUUUAAGGCUAAAUUCCCUUUCCCAUUACUAUGAGAGAGAAUACUUGCACAGUUUCUGAGGGUUAAAAUGUGUACACCUUUGGGGAAUUAUUCUACCCACCACAGCUUCCAAGUAAAGUUGAAUGGUUUUAGAUUUUAAAAAGGGGGUAGAGUCUGACCCCAAUUGCUAAGAAAAGACCUAAUAUCAUACAAAUGUCACAUCUGGCGCUUAGAAUAAUUUAACUACUGUUGCAUAGUAGCUUUGUAUUAUGGUAAAUGGGGAUGCAGUAAAAUUAUCAACUUCUGAGUAUCUAGGUAAAGAAUGUCAGGCAUUUUCUAGAUAACAUCUCUCUUAAUGAUCAUAGGUAUCCCUUUUCCCUUUUCAUAGAUAAGAAAAGUAAAGCUCAGAGUUUAGGCAAAGUGUUCAGGUCAUCCAACUAAUAAGUAACGUAACUAGAAUUAUGCAUAAAGUGUGCCUGACUCCACAUUCUUUACAUUUAUGCUACUUUUUCAUGAUGUGAAUAAGAAGACUCUGGAAUGUACUAUUAAACUGAGGGAUGACUUAUACAAUCACUCUGCUAGGCUGAACCUGUUCAGGCAAAAGAAGAAAGUGAGAAAAGAAGAGAAGAAAAAGAAGGUUCUGAACUUAGUGACCAAGCAAGCUAAAUUUGAACAACUGCAAAUGUAAUAUGUGGGAGAGCAUUAUGAAAGGAAGCUGAAGGAAAACUCUUUAAGACUUUUCCUAAACUCAUUUCAAGAUUAUAGUACCUGCAGGCAGCACCAGUCAGAGAAUUGCUAUGGUUUAUGGCCCAGAAAAUUUUAAUCAAUUCUUAUCCAAAGAAUGACAGAUUCUUUAAGCCAAGAUAAAGACAUUUUUUUUUCCUCCCAUGACACUAGGAAUCGAAUCCAGGGCUUUGCAUCGAGCUGGAUCCACAGAUGCUCCCUUUUAAUUUCAAAACGCUCUUUCUAAGUCACUAAUUUGCCUAGCUGUGGUUGAACACAUGAUCUUUUUACCUCAACCUGCCAGACUACUAGAAUUACGAGCAUGUGCCACCACACCCAGAAUACAUUCUGUGUAUAUACUUGGCUUUGUUAUAGUAUUGAUUUUUUUCCACCACAUAUGUAUACAGAUGGUAUUAAGAAUUGUUUUAGCAAAUAUUUUUCAACUUUUGACUGCUUACAACCCCAGGUACCUUUUUCAACUACUAUAUCCUUGAGACUUCAGUAGGAAGUUGUAUUGUUUAGAUAAGUAUUUGUUCUAACAUGUGCUAAUGAGGUUUAAUGUUGAUGAAAUGGUGUUAAUCUCCUGCCAUUACCUAGAAAAGAAGCGUUUGAGUAUAUAAUUUUAACCUAGCUUAUCACAUUAAACUUAAUGAAGAAACUAGUUGAAAGCAAUUUUGGAAGAUUUUCUAAAAAAUACAUUGUCCUUCUAUUUCUACAGAUGUUGUACUCUCAAAUUUAUGGUUAGAUUUAUUUGGAUAUAUAUGACCUACCUGAUUUUGUGUCUCCUCCACUCCCCCAACAAAUACUCCUUCAGUAGAUUUGCUGUACUACGCUUCCUUUCUGUAAUACUGCUUAUAUUAAGGAUCAUGAAAAGCAGCCCUACAAAGCUCAUUAUUUUAAAUAGUGUAGGAAUAUAUUUUAAGGACAAUAUUUAUGCUAUUGUACCAUAACUUUGAUAUGAGGACCCAAAGUGCAUAUGUCUUUUAAGUUGCAUAUCAGAACAUGUCCUUUUAAAAUAACUGGCUUAUUUUACUCUUGCAGGUAUCCUAAAUAAAUUUUUUUCUUUUUUGUUUUGUGAGAAAAUAAAAUUUCAUAACAAAAUAAGAGAAUACCAAUAGUUAAUACAGUGUGUCAUCUUCUAAGCAGUUACUCAGAGUAUAAGACAUUAAAAAAGAUCAACUUACAAAAAAGAAACAUAUCAGCAUAAAACUUUUCAGCAGACAAAGAAAAUAGCACUGUAAAUGAAAUGAAGAAACGUAUAAAUUAAAAUAUUUUUGAAAUAGUGGGAUAGGUAAAUUGGAGAACUACCUAAACCUCUCCAGACUUCCGGUUUCCCUUCUUCCAUUUUUCUCCUUAUUUGCAUAUAGAUAUAUUUCUCAUGUAAGAGAAACUAUGCGAUAUUUAAACUUACCUGUGACUUAUUUCAUUUAACAUUAUGUUCUCAAAUUGCAUCCAUUUACCUAUGAAUUUCUUAAGGGUAUCUUUUUUAUGGCAGAGUGGUUGUCCAUUGUUUAUAAAAACCACAUUUUCUUUGUCCAUUCAUUUAUUGGGUUUCUAAAUCUAACUAUUGUAAAUUGUGUUGUUAUAAACAUGGAUGUGCAUGUAUCAUUGUUUAUAUGAUAAUUUUAAUUCUUUUAGAAAGAUACCUAGCAAAGGGCUUGCUGGGUUAAACUGAAUUUCUAUUUUUAGUUUUUUGAGAACUUUCCAUGAUGAUUUUGAUAGUGGUUGCAUUGGUAUAUAUUCCUUCCAACAAUGUAGAAGCGUUCCUCUUUCCCUACAUCCUCAUCAGCAUUUGUUAUUGUCAUAUUUUUUUGUGAUAACCAUUCUUUCUGGGUUAAGAUGGUAGUUUAAAAUGGUUUUAAUUUGAAUAUCUUUAAUAGCCUGUGAUGUUGAACAUUUAUUCAUAUAUUUAUUGGCCAUUUGUACUUCUGAGAAGGUCAUUUAAUGAUUAUUUUUGCUCAUGAUGCUAAUUGCUAGGAAGCCUAGAGCUAACUUUGUGGCCUAUCUGUAGAUAAUUACUGUACCUGAUGACAUGCAUUUUAGUUAAUCACCUCUGCUAUGAUCUUCUGUUAUGUAGUCUAAUUCUCCUGCAACUUUAUUUUUAUCUUGUUAUGAUAUGGGUAUUUUUAAUAAACUAUCUUGAUUGUUUUAA